UAAUUCAUUAUAACAUUCAAUUAGUUCGCAUGACACAAUUUUUAUGGGGGAAAAAGCUAUUCACUGAAAAUAAGCAAAAUUGAACUUUGACAUAAUGUCAGAAUCAGUGGACGCCGAAUCAGUAAUAUCAGAGGUAGAAGAACAGUUUUUUGGAAAUGAAGGAUUUGAGGGAGAGGAAUGCGAAGAACUUGAUGAAACUGAACUUUUCCAUGAUAGUGAAAAUGAUUCUGUAUAUCAAGUAAAACAAUUAAUUAAAUACGAUUUAAAAUCAUCGAGUACAUCGUCUCAUUUUUUCGAGCCUCCUCAUAAAAUACGCUGUUUGGGUGAAAUUCAGUUGUCACGUAGUUCUGCAAUUUUAAAUCCUUAUAGGUAUUUUGAAGAUAUAAAAAUCGGAGUUGAUUUAAACGAUCAUUUGUGGACACCAAAAAUAAAGCCCGAGUACGACGAUAUUGGAGUAGAAAGGUAUAAAGAUUUGGUUAAAGAAUACAAAGCACCUAUUAUCCGCGAUAUUGUUGAUCAAUUAGGUACAGAUACCAUGAAAUUAAAGUAUUAUGGUUUAAACGAUCGAAGCUAUAAAAUUCUUCUUGAAGUAUUGAAAUAUAAUAAACAUGUAAAAUAUUUGGAUUUGACCAAUAAUGUAAUGACCUCACUUGAUACAGCCAGAGCAUUUGCAGAAAUGAUUUUGCACAAUAAAACUAUUGAAACUAUAAACCUAACAAAUUGCGAUAUUGGGCCAAAAUAUAUGAAAAUUAUUAGUGAACGUGUGGGUACUAACAAAUUUUUAAAAGAAUUAAACUUAUCACAUUGUAAUAUUGGAGAUGAAGGAUGUAUUGCACUAGCAGAAGAACUUGGACCAAAUACAGGACUUGAAAAAUUGAAUUUAUCUUUUAAUAAUUUAACGGCAAAUUGUUGUCAAGAACUAGGAGACGCUAUUUUUGAUAAUAACAAUUUAACGGACUACAAUCUAAGCGGGAAUAAUAUUAAAGAAAAUGGAUUUGGAUUAUUAGUAAAUAAUUUAAGAGAUAAUUUUACACAAAAGAUAGCCCGUUUGAAUUUUUCCAAAUGUAAUCUUGGCGUGGAAAAUGAUAAAAGUUUAAAAAUACUUGCACUUAAAAUAUCUGGACUUAAAUAUCUAGAUCUUAGUUUUAAUCAAAUUACUGGUUCGGCGCUUGAAAGUAUUGCCUUUGGGAUGCGAAGAAAUUCAAAUCUUUUAGAACUAAAUCUAGGAUAUAAUCCUUUAACUAUUGACGAUAUUAUACUGUUAAUGGAUACUCUGAGAAUGAUGAGGCCUGCACGUAAAUUAAAAAUUUUAGAUUUAUCGGAUAAAUAUGUGCCAAAACAAUGUUCUGAAGUUAUAGAGAAAGUAAAAAAUAAAAGAAAGGUUAUUUUCCGUGGUUAUUUAUGUAAUUAUGCAAUAAGCGGCCCUGGACUUAAAGAAAUGUUUAUUAAACGAUUAAAAGCAAUAUGUGAAUUAAAAUCUAAGAAAGCCAAAGACAAAAAUAAGUUUGGAGCAUUCUUUUACAAAAUUAAAUCAGAACAAUAUGUUAAACCAUCUGAUUUUCCUGGAUUUUUCGAAGAAAUUUGUGAAUGUGAAAAAUUAAUUAAAGACAAAGAUUUUCUAAGAGGUUUAGCAAGUACAUUUACAGAUCAAACGAAAAAAGUGAAUGUUGGAAUGAUACGUGAUAUGUUUUUAACGGCUUAUCCAGAAACUCCACAACCGCCGCCCCCCGUGGUAGAACAAUCACAAGUGCGAAGAAAAGCUAAAGAUAAAAAAAAGCUAAAGAAAAAGAAAUAACAAAAA